CACUAUGCAACAGGAAACUUGGUCGUUCACUCAAACACCUGAUAAAUUAGCCUUUGCACGAGAAACAUCUGGCCAUACUCAUACUCCUGAUAAUGUUUUCACCUCAUCGGAUGGAAUUUAAUGGUACUAGCUCUCCAAACCUCUUAAAGGACUUUAAAACAAGCAAGGAGAAGCUUCGAGAGUUAAGAUUUACUGAAGAAGAGGGCGUGGACUUUGAAUUGGAUGUUGAACUUCUCAAUAUGAUAAAUGAAUAUCAAGCACAAACUACUGAUAAUAUGGAUGUGGAUGCCCUAAAGAAAGAUCUAAUAGAGAAUCAAGAUCACGUUAUAUUAAAAGAGAAGGAAGUGCCGUCUUCCACAGAGAAGACCCGUGAUUCAGAAGUUGCAUAUGCUGGAGUUACUGCUACUCCUGAGUUUAUGGUCGUGCCCACUCCUGCUAAGAAGGAGAAGAUUGAACGACCUUGCAAAAGAAAAUGCGUGUAUGAUGAAAUUACAAUGUUGGAUAAUGAGAUAAUGAAGCGGGUCAUUAAGGGCGCAAGUGGCUUGGUAUGUAAGAAAAGGAAAGCUCCUCAUACAGUCAUCGAUUUGUGGAGGCUUCAUCAUAUUUCAGCCCUUCCAAACAGUUUUUUGGAGCCUUUGAUACCCUGGGAUGCUUUAGAGCUGGAAGUCAUCUGCCGUGAAGUAACAAAAGCAAGAACUGAACCAUCUACAAGUCAUGCAGUCGAACCCAUUGAAAUUACCCAACCUCCAGUAAAGCAGCAGGAUGCUGCAACUUCAAGUGCCCCCACUGACAGUCGAUCAACAAUCGCUCCAGGAACUCCAAUUCAGUGUCCAAAUUCUGCCAGGGUAUUUGGAAGCUUCAGGGGUGCAGAUUCAGAUGGGGAAGGUGCUCAUUCGUAUGAGAAUAGAAGGUUGGAAAUGUCUGUGUACGAUGCAGCGGAAGACAGUUGUGGUCCUAGUCUGGUGGCUGAGAUGAAUGAAAAUGAAGGAGAUAGUCAAGAACUCCAUAGGAACAAGAAUGGAGAAUUGUCUGCUAGAACCAGAACUGUGGCGAGAUACCUGCGUCGAGUAAUCCAAAGAAAGAAGCAGGAAGGUGUACAAGGCAUUACACUGCUACCCAUUGUUAAACAUAAAACCAAGAGGGAAAAUGCAUUGCUUUUUUUCGAAAUACUGGCGUUGAAAACUGGUGGACUCUUAAAUGUAGUGCAAGAGAGAGCUUUCGGAGAUGUGCUUUUGCAGGAAACUCCUAAACUUGAAGAAGCUCUGAAGAAGUGCUAAUGACAAUAGUGUGCCUAAUAGAACUAUAGAAGUGGUAAAUAUGCCAGUUUUGCAGGAACUACAGUAGAUUAGUGAACUAGUUUCUUUGUUGCUGCCUGCAACAAACUCACCCAUUUAGAGUAUACUUUUCCUUUUAAAAAAAAAAAAAA